CUUCCCCGUCUCUCCAAGUAAACAGAAAACGAGCGAGGAAAGCGCUCGUGCGGCAGCCGCCGUAACAAGAGCUUGAAAUGAGAAAUUUGCGAUAAGGUUUACAUGUUUUACCCGUCGCAUAAUGCGCGUGUUGUUUUUUAGUUUUUUAAAGGGUUUUCAGUUCCUGCAGCUGGCUCGUUCUGGUGUUCGAUAAUGAAGGGAGAGGCGGAAGUGAAAUCAUUUGACAGAACCGUCCAUGUUAUUAUUGUUAUUUUGGUAACCCUGUGAUGAGACGAGCUGGGGAGCCGUUUGCUCUCGGAGACAGCGAGCUUUCACGGCACAGCAGGCCUCUCCGGACCCGCACCACACCUUGCUACCACCACCUCACUGACCCGGAGACAGGAGCCUCGCUGGCGGCUGGGGGGGAGAGGAGGAGGAGGAGGAGGAGGAGGUGAAGACCCAGCUUCAGCUCGGCUCCUACGCUCCCAAAAAUAAAACGGCGACCAAAAAAAAUCAGCCCGAAAAGCGGAUUCCGUUGGUUCCGUCUGUAAGCAGGAAGGUACCGACGCAGACAUGAACGGUAUCAGCAAGAGCCGGUUUGAGGUGUUCUCAAACAGCGAUGAAGCCCCAAUUAACAAGAAGCUCCCCAAAGAGCUCCUCCUCAGAAUAUUCUCCUAUCUUGAUGUAGUUACACUCUGCAGAUGUGCACAGGUGUCAAAGGCCUGGAAUGUCCUGGCUCUAGAUGGCAGCAACUGGCAGAAGAUCGACUUGUUCAACUUCCAGACAGACAUAGAAGGCCGGGUGGUGGAAAACAUUUCGAAGCGUUGUGGAGGUUUCCUGAGGCAGCUUAGCCUCAGGGGCUGCCUGAGCGUUGGAGAUGCUUCUAUGAAGACAUUUGCUCAGAACUGCAGAAAUAUCGAAGUGCUGAACCUGAACGGCUGCACGAAGAUCACAGACAGCACCUGCCUCAGCCUCAGCAAGUUUUGCUCCAAGCUCAAACAGUUAGAUCUCACCUCCUGCGUCUCCAUCACCAACCACUCCCUCAAGGCACUAAGUGAUGGCUGCAGAAUGCUGGAGAUGUUAAAUCUGUCAUGGUGUGACCAGAUCACUCGAGAUGGCAUUGAGGCCCUGGCUAGAGGUUGCACUGCUUUGCGAGCACUUUUCCUCAGAGGCUGCACGCAGCUUGAUGACGGCGCACUGAAGCACCUACAGAAGCACUGCCCUGAACUGACCACCAUCAAUAUCCAGUCCUGCACACAAAUAACAGAUGAAGGCCUGGUCAGCUUGUGCAGGGGAUGCCACAAGCUACAGAUCCUCUGCAUAUCUGGCUGCAGUAACAUCACUGAUGCCUCUCUGACUGCACUGGGACUAAACUGUCCACAACUUAAGAUCCUUGAGGCGGCGCGAUGUUCCCAUGUUACUGAUGCUGGAUUCACAGUCCUCGCAAGAAAUUGUCAUGAGCUUGAAAAAAUGGACUUGGAAGAAUGUAUUCUGGUGACCGAUAACACGUUGGCUCAGCUUUCAAUCCACUGCCCACGGCUGCAAGCUUUGUCCCUGUCCCAUUGUGAGCUGAUCACGGAUGACGGCAUCAGAGCUCUAAGCAACAGCACCUGUGGCCAGGAGCGCCUCACGGUGGUGGAGCUGGACAACUGCCCCCUCAUCACUGACGUCACCCUGGAGCAUCUCAAGAGCUGCCAUCGUCUGGAACGUAUCGAGCUCUACGACUGCCAGCAGGUCACCAGGGCCGGCAUCAAACGCAUCAGGGCCCAGCUGCCGGAUAUCAAAGUGCACGCAUACUUUGCCCCAGUGACGCCACCUCCCUCUGUGCAUGGAGGUGGCCAGCGUCUGUGCCGCUGCUGUAUCAUCCUCUGACAAUGGAGGGCCAGAGGGGGGCACCUCUGUCUACAGGUCCUGCUGCUUUGAUAUGGCUCCUAAGAGGUGGCGGGUGGGAGGGAGGGAGGGACAGGGGUCUAGGGUAGGGGGUGAAGGAGAGAGGAGGGGCUGGACCCACUCACUGCUCCUGAUCAAAGAUCAAUACUUGGACUGAUCUCCACCGAUCCCUGAUUGGUUAAAACUUCUCCUCUUUUCUCUUCCUUCUCACCAGUCAGCAGUUCAGGGGUUUGGAGAGGUUGAAGGAAAGACAUAUGAAUGGAUUGACUUUCUUUAUCUUUGUCUUGUUCUCUCCUUUGUCCUCUAAAGACUGAAAACAGGUUCUAUACUUCAUAGUGAACCACAGACCGCGAACAUCCAACCUUUCGGUGUAACAGAUGCCAGUGAACCAUUGGAAACAUAAUACAUCAUUUUCAAACAAAAAAAACAAAAGACCAAUGUCCUCAUCAUCCUUGACAAAGCCACACACUCUGGAGUAUCGUGUCAACCAAUCACAUGGCACCUUUAUUCGACCAUCCUGUGAUUCUUCCUGCUUCAGCCAAUAGACAUGCUGCUCUGAGAUCUGGGAUGUGGCUGAAAUGCAGAUCGGUUGUGAAGUAGCAGGACAGUGAGAUGGACUCUAAGUAUGGAAAAACUUGGUAUGAACACAAAGGACCUUAUUUGUGCACCUCAGUAACUUCUGCUGCGAUUUUGAUUUGUUUUGUACAGAGAAUGUUUUGCAACAGAGAAAAAAAAAAAGAUUCUCAGAGACUCACUCAAAACCGGGGAAAGUCCAACCAACUGCAACUUUUUUUUUCAGUGCUUAUUGUUACAGUCAAUGCCUGUCUAUUCAGAAAGAGACAUAUGCUUGUCUCUUUGAUGUAAAAAAAAAAAAAAAAAAUGUUGCUGUUUAUCAAAGACCUAUGAUGAGGCUCAAAGGGGUUUGGGGGCAUUUUGUUGAUGAUGCUUCGGGGAUGAGUGGCCGCUGUUGUGACCUAUGUAGGCCUGGGUCUAAUCCUGUCAGUAUGCCCUGUGAACUAUCUCCUACUUGACCACUGAAGCAUUUGUUUACAUUCAGAAAUUAGGUUAGCACUAGAGGCUAACCUGUUUACAUCAGAAAGUUUCCAGUCCCCAUUGUCUGAACAGAUUCACAGUGAGUCUAAAUAGUUUGUUACACGUAAACAGCUGUGUUGUACAGUUGAGGGGACUGAGAUGUCCAGUAUUCAGAUUUAUUGCUGUGUGUAUCUGGAUAUAGUUAAAGGUGCGCUGGCCGUUGGAAUUGCUUCAAAAGUGAAAAAUUAACAUCCGUAGAUCUAAAAGAUUGAAUAUAAGAAUGGACGUGAAGAGACCUAAAGUUUUUGACAAUCACAUAAAUGUAUUUAUUUGAAAGUCUCUCUAGCAUAGUUCUAUGUAACCGUCACUUUAUCUUUGUUUUAAAAUGUUACAAAUUGGCUUAUAUCUUUCCAUUUCAGCUGUUUACAGCGCUAAGCAGGAGAUACAUAUUUAUUAUUAAUAGAAUCCUAUACCUCUAAAGAAAUUUAUCAGGUUAAUUUAUUAAAUUUACCACAUAUUUCCUACUGUCACGAUAGAUGAUUCAAUAACUAGGAAAGUUAUUUGAUUGGUGAAAAGUCAUAAAAUUACUGGUUUAAUUUUCUUAGUAUGCCUUAAGAUCAACAUGAUCUAAUAAUUAUGUCCCCAUGGUUGAUAUAAAAUCCAGCCACUUAGAAAUUUACCAACUAAAUAAAACCAGCUUGCAAUAUAAACUGGUAAAUGCUGUUUAGUGCCAAGUGCUUAAAGGCUUUGGAGAGAGGCAGGGCAGUGGAUAGGAUCAAGGAUUAACAACAGGAAGAUGAAGAUUUAGAUGGAUACAUAGCUGACAUGACUGGUUGUUAUACUAAUGUCCUCUGACAGUUUUAUCUGUUUUUGUUGAAGAAAAACAAGAAAUACGUGGAAAAAAUAGAUGAAUAAAUAAAGAUGACUAAGAGUAAA